UCAAAAUGCAUUUCCUUUUCUUGCCCUCCGAGAAGCCGAAACCCUAGCGGCCCUAAAACCCCUUUGUUUCCUGUUUGCCUUUACCUUCCCUCUUCUUCUCGCCGCGGUCUAUUAAGUGCUAUAAUUCAUGGUGGACUUUGAGAUUCAUGUGGGGUUUCGAGGUUAUUAAAACAAUUGCUGUCUUGUCUCUUCCCUGAAUGUUAAGGUUCCCUCUAAAGUGCAAGCAGACCAGCAAUGGAAGCAAAUAAGGGAGCAGCAGUGACAUCAAUGACUUCUACAACUUGCAAAGUUCUUUUGAUCAAAUGGACAGGGAUAAGCUUAUGAGGAUGGCUGGUGCUGUUCGCACUGGUGGAAAGGGCAGCAUGCGCAGGAAGAAGAAGGCGGUUCACAAAACAACAACAACAGAUGACAAAAGGCUUCAGAGUACUUUGAAGAGAAUAGGGGUGAAUGCUAUUCCUGCUAUAGAAGAAGUCAAUAUUUUCAAGGAAGAUCUUGUUAUCCAGUUUUUGAACCCCAAAGUUCAAGCUUCAAUUGCUGCCAAUACAUGGGUGGUCAGCGGUUCUCCACAGACAAGAAAACUUCAGGAUCUUCUUCCAGGGAUCAUCAACCAACUUGGUCCUGAUAACUUGGACAAUCUGAGGCGGCUUGCUGAGCAGUUCCAGAAGCAGGCACAACCUGCUGCUGGUGCCAACACUCAGGACGAUGACGAUGAUGUUCCUGAACUUGUGGCAGGAGAGACAUUUGAAGCAGCUGCUGAGGAAACCAAAGCUAAUGAGACCCCAGAUUCAUAAAGGUUACAAAGUCUAGAACUUCCCCCUUGUCUUUUUCAGCUAUCAUUACUUUUUCUCCUAUUCAUUUUGUGACUUGUUGAGAAAGGCAGCCUUUUUGCUGUUUUGAUGGAAGGACCCCAGUUCUUCUGGCCAUGCUGAUAGGAGAUUCACCUGUUUCCUACAAUGAGUUGAUGAAGGAUCUUCUUGCUUUCCACUUUUAUUUUAUGGAAUUGUACCAUUGCUUGUUAUUUGUAGUGCUAUUUUGUUUGGAUAUUUUUCUGAAUUUACCAGCCUGCAAGCUCAACCUGUCUGAUUAUUGGCAGAGAUCAAAUCAGCAAUUAGCCCCUCUUCCAAAGUGCGAAAUUUCUACCUCAUGUACUCAUCCUUUUCAUUAAUUUAAGAGGUUUGUGAGAAGCUAGUGAUUGUUUAGAGAUGCAAAACUCUUUCCAGUCAAUUGAAUGUGCCAGGUGAAUAUUGUUGAGAAUCAUAGCAAACAAUUCGGUCUGGA